AUGUCUUAAUACUAAUUUCCAGAUCUAGAUAACUUUACUACUCAAGAAGUAGUUGAUUUAGUAGACGAUUACUAUAAGUUCAACUCAGAUGAAAAUCAUUUUUUUUAUUUCCAUGAAAUACCUAUCCUUUUUAAAGAGAUCGAUGCUCUCAUUAAAAAAUCUUAAUUCUCUAAUUCUCUUUGGAUAUUUUUCUUAAACUAUUUAGCUGUUGUUUCAGAAACUAUGUAAGGCAGAGACCUACCCUUUUUCCAGUUCUAUGAUAUUCAACAAUUCGAUGUUUAAAACAAUAAAAUUAACUUGAGGAAUGAAACUGAUUCAAUUGUCUAAACCCUAACAGUUGAAGAAUCUAAAAAGCAAAUUAUACUUGUGAAACUGAUAAAGAAGUAUUUUCUUAUAAUAUUAUACCACGAAGUCAUAUAUUUGGUAGAUUACUCUAAGAAUAAUCAGGAGUAAAUGAAAAUGAUUGUUAAUUAAUUGACUGAUGGUCUGGAUUAUGAAAUCAGAUUGAUCUAGAAAUUUAUCAAUCCUGAAGCAUCGCCAUACUACUUUUAUUUUUUAUUAUCAUUUCUUUAAGGAGUUAAAAUAGAUACAAUUUAAUUAACAGAAUUUGAGCAUAAGAUUUGUCAUGAUAGAGUCGUCUGGCUAAUUUUAAGUUUUGGUUUUGACUAGAUUGAGAAAGAAUUCUAGGAAUAAAUUGAAAUUGAUUAAUAAAAUAUACUAAAAUUAAAGCAGAAUUAAGCCUUGAAAGAAUUAAGAAAGUAAAGAGUAGCACAACUUCAACCAAAAAAGUUAAAUAAAGUCAGACUCUAAACUCCUAAAUCUAAGCAAGAAAGGGAAUAAUAAAUCAAUCUAUUGAAUGAAAGAAUAUCCUAUUUGAAAGUAUUAAAUGGAGUAGGCGAUGAUGAUGACAUACUGACUUCAGAGAUUUUCUAGAUUAAAAUGAAAAAAUUAAAUAAAGAUCUAGAAACUGAAUUCUAGAAUCUAGAUCAAAUAAAACAGAAUCAAAUGCUAUAUUCAUCCAGCCAAAACCAGCUAUUAAAGAAUGCUUCCUAAAUUCUACAAGGAAAAUUUGAUUCUCAAUUGUUCCAAGGCUUGGGGUUACAGCUGUAGACAAACUCUAAAGUGGAGACAUUGAAGUAGUUACAAGAACAAAAUUAUCAAUCGAUUGUAGAUCCAAUUAUGAGAUAAGAAGGCAAAAAAUUGCCACCAGGGAAGUUUGUCACAGUUUAAAAGGAUAAUCUUAUUGCUAUGAAGUAUGGAAUCAAGAUAUCAAGAGAUGCACUAUAUGAUUUGAGAAAUGGGAGAGUGAAAUCUGAAAUAGUAGACUUUUAUUUCAAGUUUCUACAGGAAUUUUCUUCACUUUGUAAUGAAAGGUAGGCUUUUAUGCAAAUUGCAGAUUUUGAUAAUUUAAUCUUUGAAUAAAGAACUGGAAAAGAAGCUCCUUAAUCGAGAAUAGAAAAUUACUUAUCUAACUUUGAUUACAUAUAUUUUCCAAUAAAAUAAGGACAGGUAGAUGAAUAUUCAUUAGGAGUAAUAGAUGUCUAGAAUUUAGUGAUUCGUCAUUAUUAUUUAUGUUAUCAAAAGCCUAAAUUACCAGUCAGUUCAUUGUAACAAAUAUUUCGAUCUUGGCAGAUCUAAGAAUAGGAUGUAAUAGAUGAGGUUUAAUAAAGAAUCGAUAUGCAACAUCGAUUUCUAUAGUUUCUAAUAUAUUGGAUUCGAAAACAAUCCUAUCACUAUAAAAUGGAAAGGAUCUCAAAUAUGAAAUUAUGGAAAAUUAAAAUUGAAGAAAUUAAGACUGUAUCUCAACCUUAUGAAACCGGGAUGUAUUUACUAUGUGUGAUAACAAACUUUUGUUUAAAGAAAAAAAAAGUGGACACUUUUCAAAACAAGGAUGUGAUUAGAGAAAUAUUAGAAAAUGUUAUUUGUUCUACAGGUCUUUAAGAAAAAUUGAACGACAGGACUGCCAUUGAAUAUUUUAAAAAGAGAAUUGAUGCUAUAUGA